UGCCCGCUCCCCCCGGCCCCAUGGCGGGGCCCGCCGCGCCCCCCCGCGCCCCGCCGCGGCCCUGGGCCGCCCUGCUGCUCCUCGCCGCGCUGCUGCCCGCCGCCGCCCCAGAGAAGGACAUGCCAAACAGACCUUUGAGAGUGCGCGCACAGUCUCCAGAUGGCAAGUUAUCUUUUCGGUGGAAGCCACCUUAUGGAGCAGGCUUUGGGCGUCCACGCAGCAGAUCCCAAGGUUACCUCCGUGGGUACGGAGAGAGCAGCCGAAGGAUGGGCUAUGCUCCACUGCUGCAAGAGCGACAAAACCAGGAAGCGAGAAGGCUAGCCUCUGAGUCAGUUCAUGUGGUUUCACUGCCCUCAAGGAGCUCCCAAGGACGGAGCCAACCUGUCUAUAGGUCAUCUUUAACUAAAAGAAAAGUCACGGAGGAAGAAGAGGUGGAGGUGGCACAAGACAUAACUGUUCGAGUUAUGUCCUCUCAGUCUGUGCUUGUUGCUUGGACAGACCCGCUAUAUGAAAAACAGAAGGUUGCAGCAAAUAGGCAAUACAGUGUUCGCUAUCGGGAAAAGGGGGAAUCGGCAAGGUGGGAUUACAAGCAGGUGUCCAACCGGCGGGCACUGGUGGAGAAUCUGGUGCCGGACACCAUGUAUGAGUUCGCUGUCCAAAUCUUGGACGGAGAAAAGGAAGGCAAAUGGAGCGUGUCUGUUUACCAACGGACCCCGGAGGCGGCUCCUACCAGUGCACCUGAAAAUUUGGAUGUUUGGCCACUAAAGGGGAAACCAACUUCUGUAGCAGCAUCCUGGGAUGCUCUCCCAGAGACUGAAGGAAAAGUCAAAGAAUACAUUCUUUCAUACGCCCCGGCUCUCAAGCCAUUUGGAGCAAAGUCCAUCACCUAUUCUGGAGCUACAACAUCAGCCAUAAUAGAUGGUCUGCAGGCCGGGGAGCGCUAUAUUUUCAAAAUUCGUGCAGCAAACAGGAGGGGACCAGGUCCUCAGUCUAAAGCCUUCAGCGUCGCCAUCCCAGCAGCUUCUCAUGAGGAGUCAGUUGCUCAGCAACAAACAAAUAUUCAAGAUAAUUCAGAGGCUAAAAAACCUGGGAAUGCUGGAUCAUCUCCUUCUCAAACUUCUAUUUCUUCAAAAGUCCAGCCAUCGCUUUCUUCUAAGCAGUCGUCUGUUCGUUCACCUAAUGUUGGUGAUAAGAAGAGUCUUCUUUCUGAAUAUAAGAAUAAAAUCUUGACUCGAGGGGUCCUAAGUAAAUCUCAGUUACCUUCUAGAAAGACAGGAGAGCUGGAACCUGAUCCCCAAUCCACUGAGGUGACAGACGAUCACGAUUCCUCCCAAGAAACUCCAACGACACCACCAAAAGCCCAGGAUCAGAGGAGGAAUGUUAGACCCUUGUCCCCUAGUCGGCCAGUCCAUCCUGUCCUUGCCUCAGGGAGGACCUCUGUUCGAACCCAUACAUCAGAGGUGUCACAGCAGAUGAGCACAGAGAAACAUGAGCCACCAGCACCGUUACCAUCGUCAGCACAACACUCUUCUGCCUCAUCUGUUCCCAAAUACACAGAUAAUGAAACAAAGCAGCUGAGGCAAAGCAACACUAAUGUGCCUUCUAAGACCACUUCUCAUCCUUUGCCUGCCAAAAAUAACGAUCUUGUGGAUAGUGUGGAAGGAAGGCCAGACCCUGUGCUGGUGAAGGUGACUUCUAAAAUUUCAGAGCCUAGCCGCCUGGCUUUGCUAUCAAAUCGGAAGUCUGCUAUCUCUCAUGAAGUUGUCCCAAGCCAUCCUAGUAGGUCUGGCUCUCUAGGUCAUUCACAUCAACCCUCUUCCAAAUCAGCAGAUUCCCAUGCUCGUGAUAGCCAUAAUGAGUUUGACAGUGAGGAAGCAGAGGACAGAGCAGGACAGACCAGUUCUAGGUCACAGCAAAAAAGGCUUCCCUCAGGCUCCAGUACUCGAACGUGGAAGGAUUCAAAAUUAGCUGCGGUGGCAGUCUCAUCAAAGUCUGCUGUUUCUAGUCACACUUCACCUCACUCUCGCUCCUCCACCAGUGCUAAAUCAGACAGAAAGGAUGUUGAUGAGAACUAUAGGAAGGAUUCACAAGAUGCAAACCCCUUAUUUUCUUCUCUACCCUCUUCCAGGCAGUCUUCUUCAGCAAUCUAUUCCAAGAGAAGAAAUCCUCAGGUUGAUUCUGGUUCUCACCUCAGAGAUACACAUAGUGAAAAGUCACCCCGCUCUGAUUCAGAAGAACAACAAAGUCAAGCAGCUGCUCCAGAAAAGCAUUCUCUUUUGCAGUCUUCUCUUUCCCAACGUAAGUCUGGAGAGCAGGACAGCCAAGAGGUAACAGAAAUGCUUGCUCGAUCAAAACCAAGUGUAUCUUUGCGUAAAAAGACAUCCUCCUCUCAUCUUCCAUUGGAGAAGACCUCUCACUCAGAGCCUCCACAGAGGCCACAAACCAGUCCUUCCUUACUGCAUUCAAGGGGCCGGCGCCUCCCAUCUCACAUCUCAUCCCAGAGUAAUGAAGAAUUGCAGGAAGGUGAUGAUGAGGAUGUAAGAGAAGGCAGUGACAGAGCAAGCAGCCACUCUGUGUUUCCUAAAGAGGUGUCCUCUUCUAGGGGAUUACCUGCAUCUUUCUCUCAGGGAAGCUCAAGUUCACCUCUAUCAAAGCAACAGCAGCCAGGUUCUCAGGUGCCUUCCCACAGACCAAAAUUUACUCAGCCAUCCUCCAGUUCUGCCAGUGAUACAGCAAAAGACAACCAGUAUAAUCCAAGGUUGUCAUCCACUUCUUCAAGACAAGUUCGUCCUUCAUUACCUACUCGCUCAAGGGUCACUACAAGAACAGAGUCCCAAACAGAGAAAAAAUAUGGCCUGUUGCCCUCAAAAAUGUCCAAAGCUGAACUUCCUCAAAAAGUUCCUUCUUCCUCUUCAUCUAAAUCUCGUCAGUCAGUUUCUGAUGAAGAGGAUGAUUAUUACAGUGAAUAUGAUCAGAAAGAAGUGGAAGAGAAACCCACAUCUUUGGCAGCAAAAUGGUCCCCUUCUGUUUCUAGAGGUAACAAAAAUACAUAUGAUGACACUACUAGCAAUAAAAGGAAAUCUAUGGACAGUCUGCUACCUCACAAAGUAAGUUCUGAAGAGGAUGAGAUGGAAAAAACUCCAACAUUAAAAAUAUCUUCUCCCGAAUCACCAGGAAGUUCUGCCACAGCAUCACAGAUUACUCAGUCCUCUAACAAGCAUACCCCAUCUAAACCAAGCUUUGUCUGGCCACGUUCUUCUGUAUCUACCACCACACACACUGUUUCUCCAACAGUUUCUUCUUCCACUUUGUCCCCUCGCCAACGACUAUUGAACUCCAGGCUACGGAGCUCUUCCCAACGGCAAUUUAUUAGACCUCCUUAUAGACAAGGUUAUAAUGGGAGACCUAAUCUUACAACAAAAAAUGGAAAUGGAAAAAUAAUACCUGGUAAUAAUGGAAAACCAAGUGGUCAGAGAGUAAUCAAUGGCCCUCAAGGAACAAAGUGGAUUGUAGAUCUUGACCGAGGACUGGUGUUAAAUGUUGAAGGAAAAUACCUCCAAGAUUCCCAAGGGAACCCUCUCCGAGUGAAAUUAGGAGGGGAUGGACGUACAAUUGUUGAUGAAAAGGGUGCCCCAAUGGUGAGUCCUGAUGGAUUACCUUUGUUUGGACAUGGCAGAUUUAGUAAACCUGUAGCGAGUGCACAAGAUAAACCAAUAAUAAGCCUUGGAGGGAAACCUCUGAUUGGUCUUGAAAUGAUUAAGAAAACAACCACUCCCUCAACUACUACAACAACAAUACCCCCAACAACUACCACAACUACUACUACAACCACUACAACAACUGUUGCUACAACUACCACCACCACUCCUGAACCAACCACCACUGAACCACCCACUGAGAAACCACCCCCAACCUGUCCUCCAGGCACCUAUGGACAGUAUGAUGAUGAGGGAAACUUGCUGUUGGGGUUCGAUGGCCUGCCAGAGUGCAAUGCAGAAGAUACAUUCUCAGGACUGGAUUCAGAUGUGACAGCAACUCCAGAGGCAUAUGUGAUAUAUGAUGAUGACUAUGAGUUUUUUGAGAGCACUUUGCCACCAACCACCACCACCAUCACUACCACCACUGCUUCUACAACGACAGAAUCAGAAGUUGUCUAUCCGGAGACUAGUGUUGUUGGCACCGGUCCUGUGUCAGAAUAUGAUAUUGCUGGGAAGAAGCGGUUCACUGCUCCUUAUGUGACCUAUCUCAAUAAAGAUCCAGCAGCCCCCUGCUCCUUGACAGAGGCCCUGGAGCACUUCCAAGUGGAGAGCCUUGAUGAAAUCAUCCCUAAUGACCUCAGAGAGAAAGAUCUGCGUCCCUUGAAAGCCCCUCACAACAUCACUGUUGUGGCAGUUGAAGGCUGUCACUCCUUUGUCAUUGUGGACUGGGCCAAGCCUGCUCGAGGAGACAUGGUAACAGGCUAUCUGGUUUACAGUGCAUCCUAUGAUGACUUUUUAAAGAAUAAGUGGUCAACCAGAACUGCAGGGACUACUCAUUUGCCAAUUGAGAACCUGAAGCCUAACACACGGUAUUAUUUUAAAGUCCAAGCAAAGAAUCCCUUUGGUUAUGGACCUGUUAGCUCUUCAGUCUCAUUUAUCACAGAAUCUGACAAUCCCCUCCUCAUUGUCAGACCACCUGGUGGUGAGCCUAUCUGGAUCCCAUUCACUUUUAAAUAUGACCCCACCUAUUCAGACUGCAGUGGCAAGCAGUAUGUGAAACGAACUUGGUACCGCAAGUUUGUAGGAGUGGUUCUUUGCAACUCCUUAAGGUACAAGAUUUACCUCAGUGAUGACCUGAAAGACACUUUCUACAGCAUCGGGGAUAGCUGGGGAAGGGGUGAGGACCACUGCCAGUUUGUGGAUUCACACCUGGAUGGAAGAACAGGACCUCAGUCAUAUGUUGAAGCCCUGCCCACCAUCCGAGGAUAUUACCGCCAGUACCGCCAGGAGCCUGUAUCAUUUGGACGCAUUGGACACACAACACCCUACUACUAUGUGGGCUGGUAUGAGUGCGGUGUGCCCAUCCCAGGGAAAUGGUAGCAGUCUGCUUUCCUGUCUUAGGCAGACCAUGCUUUUCAAAUUAUUUCUACCAGAGGACUGUGAGCAACUUAUUCGGGGAAAAAAAAAAAAAAAAAAAAAAGAAAUGAGGCAAACCCGUGAAGACCAGCUGCUCAAGAAACCCUCAUGAAGUCAAACACAGUCCCCCCUUUACCAGCCUAAAUCUGUGGUGCUGCUUGAUUUCUGUUUGGAAGCAGGGACAGAAUAUAAGUUUGGUGUCCUACUUUCCUCCUCUGGGUCUGUAAGGCACAGAGAGGCGGUUGCAAUGUGUGCAGCCUGUGAAAACUAGAACUGUAUUAGCCACGAAAAUUUGGAAGUUUCUUAUAUCUUGCAGGAAUGACCUAAGCAUGCUGUGCUUGCUUAAUGGGAUGCUAAACUGCCCUUUGCUGCCCGCUGGGGCUUCCCUAUGCAAUUGUGCCAUGUAACUGGCCACCCACCAAAGGCAAUAUAUUCUCCUGAAGACUUACCCUGUGGGUUCACCCACUGUUGGACUAAUCACCAGGUCACAGUGUAAAUUCACUCUGAGAUAUAUGUAUAUCUAUAUCUAUAUAAAUACAGUACUGUACAUCUGCAGAAGUACUGCUUAGUGAUGCUGAGAUUUUCUUGUUCACUAGAUAAAUAUGUUUGGAAUUUUUAUGUAAAAGGUGCUGUUAAUUCUUUGAGAUAUUGCUAUGCACAAUAUAUUAACCAAGGAAAGAGCUGUAUUCUUCUUGUGAGUACUGUUGAUCUAACAUUUGAAUUACUGGUCAAAGAUCUGUGUCCCACUUCCUUGGCAGCCUUUGGACUGGACAUUCAAUGGGAAUCUACCCCUCUACCCAUGUUAGAGUGUCACUGUGUGGUCCAGCAAAAACACACAUUCAAUAGUUUAUCAGCAUCAGUUAAACUUUCUAUCCUUUUCUAUUUAAAAGUUUUAGUGCAACUUUUCUUCAAUCCAUUCUCAUCUUACUUGGUAUGUUAUUUAUUCCUUGUCAGUAUCUUUCACUUCACUGUGAAGAAGCACGGGAUGAGUAACUUGCAAAUUAGAAACUGCUUUUAACUUAUUUGACCUCCAAAAAGAAGCCCAAGCUACCAAUACAAGAGUCAACGAGCAGGAAACUCAUUUGACUUUGAUCCGUCCUGGGAACAAAUUGGGAUACACUUCCUUUAAAAUACUACCACAAUCUCUUCCAUCCAGACCAGAAAGCAAAUACUUGCAAUAACGUAGGAUUUUAGUAGUUCUUCUGGGCAAUCUAGCAUUAAUGGUUUACUUAGUAAUUUUCAUGGUCUUACUGUUUCAUGGUAACAUCUCAACAGCCUUUGCUCAUGUUAGUAAGACUCCCCCAUUCUGACAACCUGGGAGAGCAGCAGCAUUCCUGGGGAAUGGGUCUGGUCUCUGGUCCAUCUCUCACUCUUAUUCGAGCUUACGUGUAGUAUAAGUCUAAUACCUUUUCAGUUGCUUCCUGUAGUUAUUGUAAAUUGUAUGGGGACAAAAAAGGAACUAAAGUGAUUAAAAGAACAUUUUAUUUUUCAUGGUGAUUCGGGUUUUAACAUUUUAAUUGUUCUCACAUACUUUUGCUUCAGUACAGUGCCAAAUAUAUGGUCUUGAAGUAUAACUUUUUUCCCUAAUAAACCUAUGAUACAUGGUUCCA